AUGAAUAAUAUCUACCAAUUAGAUCCGAAAUGGCAACGACUGUUAAAUACCAAUAAUUUCUUGGGUGGUUUAACAGUGGACGAAUUUGUUCAAGAACUUUGUAAAGAUGAUUCAUUAAAGCAAAACUCUACUAGUACAUCAAUCAUUGAAAUACAAGGCAGAAAUGGAAUAGAUGACGGUACAACUACUGCUUUUGAAAAAUUAGAUCCAAAGCCAUAUAUUAGAACAUUAGAAUCAAUUCUAAAAGAAUUAAACAGUUUAAAUGAAGAAUCAAGCAAUAAGAAGGCUGAUUUAGCUAAUCAGGUGGCAUUACAAGAAUUAACCCAUGCUGAAAAUGUAAUUCAAUUAUCUUCUAAUUUGAAUUCUGCAUUCCAAACAUAUGAUAAUUUAGAUACAAAAUUAUCAAAUGUUAUUCAAGUUGUAGCCCCAUUAGGUGAUAAAUUAGAAUCUGCUAUUAGGAAAAAAAAGUCUUAUAUUAAAUCAAUUGAUUUAAUUAAUCAAUAUAAUAGCUUUUAUGUGGAUGAUAAAGUAUCAGACCAAUUAGAGUCUUUAAGAACAUCACCAAAUUGGAAAAAGAAGUUACAAGCUGUUAUAUUAGUUAAAAAUGUUUUAAUAUUGGCUCAUAAGAUUGAAACAAAUUCCUUGCCUAAAACAAGUCAAACUACACAGAUAAUUGAAGAAUAUGCAGGUUUAAUGGAAAAUAGCUUAUUAGAAAAUUUUAAUUCUGCAUACCGUGAUAAUAAUUUUAUUCAACUUAAUGAAAUUGCUUUAAUUUUAGAUCAUUUAAAUGGUGGUGUUAACGUCAUUCAAAGUUUUAUUAAUCAACAUUCCUAUUUUAUUGAUGCAAAACAAUUAGAAUUAGAUGAAAAAAAUGGUAUGCUAUUGCUAGAUGAAGCUAUAAAAGUAAGAUUAAUGAAUGUAGAAAUUCAUGGAGUAAUAUAUGAAGAUAAAAUGCUUGCGAUAUUAAAUGAUAUAGAAGAAGUUAUUAAAAAGGAAUCUAAGAUUGUUAAAAGAGUGUUUGAAGAAAGAGCUCCUCGUGUUUUACAAUUAUUCAUUCAAAGAAUUUUUGCACAAAAAAUUGAAAGCAAAGUAGAAUUUUUAUUAUCAACUUCUUUAUCCCUAUCUGACCUUGCUUUCGUAAGAAUGUUGCAUGGCUUAUAUUCCUUAUUUGGUAAUUUUGUAAAGGAUCUAUCUGAAUAUUUUCAAGCAUUAGAAUUAAAUUCGGAUAAUAACUUAUCAUCUACUUUAGAUCAAUGUUAUUCUGACUUAUUUUCCAAAUAUCUAUUUGAUAGAUCAAAUUAUUUUGAUAUUGAAAAAAGAUCAUUAGAGGCAAUUCUGAUUGAAAAAACUUCUAAUUUUAGUUUGAAGCACGAGAAGGAAGUCAGAUCUAAGGCACUAUUAAAUAAUUUUAACAAUAAAUACUUGAAUGGUAGAAACAAUCAAAACAAUACGUCUAAAUUAGACGAAAGUUUGGGCUCGAAUUAUUUAACAAAUAAAGAUACUGAAGGUAAAUUAUCACAGAUUAAUAAUUUCUUUAAAUCGCAUUUGGAUAGAGAUUUAAUGGGCUCUCGUGGUGGAUCUUUCAAGCGUACAAAUACAAACAGUGAUUUAAACAGAAAUAGCAAUGACAAUAGUAAUUCCAAUUUUAAUUCCUCACUGGAAAAUGAUAAUCAACCAGAUCCAGAUUUCAAUUUAAAAAGUGCAGAUUCAAUGCUUAAAUGCGUUGUUGAAUCUAUAGCAAGAUUGAUGGAAUUGACGCCGAAUAAAACUGCAGAUUUCAGCUUUGAAGUCUUAGAACUAAUUUUUGUUGGUAUUAUUAAUUCUUAUAUUGAAGUUUCAUUAGAAAUUGCAUAUUAUAAAAUAACUAAAGUUGAUGCAGCUGCACAAUCAGAUAUUAAUUUAUCUUAUUUACAAUAUUUAGCGAUUAGCACAGAAAUAAUAUCAUUGAUUUCAGCAUCAAUUAAAGUGGUGUUUUUACCUUUACUAGUAAAUUCUCCUGAUAUUAAAAAAAAAUUAAUUGCAUUAACAAAUAAUCAAAUCAAAAAAUGUGAAAUGCUGAUAAAUUUAAUUUUAGAAGAGGUUUCACAAGUAUUUGAAUCCAAAUUUAUCAAUGCUUUAUCAAAACAAAAGAAAAAAGACUUUGUUCCAAAUGAAAAAGAUUUAUUAGACCAAGAUACUGUUCCUGCAGUUGAGAUAGGAAAUAUUAUCAUACAGUUACAUUCUCAAGCUGUAUUAUAUUUAAAAGGCAAAAAUUUAGAAAACUUCUUAUCAAAGAUUGGUGAUAUAUUAUAUAGGCUAUUAUUGGAUCACUACGGGAAAUUCCAAGUCAAUUCAAUUGGUGGUAUUGUUAUUACCAAGGAUAUUAUUGGUAUACAAAACACUAUAGAAGAAUGGGCAUCCCCAUAUAUUUUAGACAAAUUUGCAACACUAAGAGAGUUGGCGAAUCUAUUUACUGUUCAGCCAGAUUUAUUGGAAUCACUGACAAAAGAAGGUCAUUUACAAGAUUUAAACAAAGAUAUCAUUUCAACCUAUAUUUCAAACAGAGAAGACUUUAACCAUGAGAGUUUCAUUAAUAAUGUCAAGAUGAGCUUCAAACAACGUGUCCUCUAG